CUCCGAGGUCACGGACCCGCUCACUGACGUCACCCGUGACGCAUUUCCUGUCUGUUCAGCAAAGGAAAAUGCACCGGAGUUACAACUCCGACGUUCAAACGGUGACGCGUUGUUUUUCUUUAGGUUAAACGGUAGACCGUUCCUCAGUUUACGCUUUUGUACAGUAAAUAAAAGGAAACAUUACGAUUUUAAAAACGAGACUUUUGUUUUGAAAUAAACUCACCUGCGCGUCGAUGCAGAAAACGUCAAAAAUAUUUCCGUUUUCACGUUUUACAAACUUACAAUAAAAUCCAGAGAUGUUUACAGGAGAGAAGACGUUUUAUGAACGUUCAGAACGAGAAAGACAGGAGAUGAAAUGUGGCAAAGCAGAUGACGUUCAAAGAAAAUGAAACAAUUCAUCAAAAGUUAGAAAUAAAAAAGAGAACAUGUUCAAAGACGGUUUUCAUAAUUACGAAUGGUAUGUAAAUGAGAUUCUACUUGUUUAAUUAUUACAGGAGAAAAUAUGUGAUGAAGAAAAUUUCUAUUUCUGAAUAUGAAUCUCACCAAAUUUUUUCUUUUGCUGAUUUUAUGUGGUUUUUUGUUCUUUUCAUGUUAGCCACAUAUAAUUAUUCAAAUUUCAUCUGAGAUUGUGGUAAAAUUUGUGAUUUAUAAAACGGGAACACUUUGUAGGGGGGGGGGGCUGACCAAGCCGCCAUGUUGGUCAGCGCCCCCUACAGGAGGGAAGACAGCCGGAAGUUGGUGGGGGUGGGGGUUUCAUUACUUCAUUUUUUUAUUUGACUUUCAUUGAAUACAUUCACUGUCAUCUGUCUGUAAUCCAUCUUUAAGCCAUCCCGUCAUCCUCGCUGUGACUUUUGUUCUGUGUGUUCAACAGUAAAGAUGGGGGGGGGGGGGGGUGCGCGCUCCAGAAACGGCCACCAGAGGGCAGCACGAGCUCUCCUACAACCUGGACCUCGCGGCCACGGGCUCCACGGUGAGGUUCGGGCAUGGCCUUCCAGCUUUAAUGACCGGAACCAGAACCAGGGUUCUAAAGGUUCUGUUACACGCUCCAGCGCGGGUUCUGUCUCAGCCCCCCGCCCCCCACCGUCAGCAGAUCGAACCUGCUCUGGGGAUUUUUUUGAAUGCGAAAGGACGCAAACAGAAAAUGAUUAAAAACUGGUUUCUGGUGACUGUGUGGAUGUGGAAUCUUGCUGUUAGGAUUCAUACGUUUAUUUAAAAAGCAUCUUAUUUUGGCUGCUUCCUAAAGAAAAAAUCAUUUAAGACAAAACCUUUGUUAAAAUGAUCAAUUACAAACUUAAAGUUCUUCCCCAAAACCCAGUGAGCAGGUCCAGUAGAGGUGCUGGACAGUCUCUGGUCUUUCUAACAAUGUCCGGAAGUGGAUGAAUGUUGAAUAGUGAAGGAACGUCCUAAACUUGAAUGGACAUCCACGAGGACUGACCCACGUUCAGUCUGAAUCUGGAACUAAAGCAAGAAGAGACAACGUGAGGAACAGAAGUCUCUGUGGAAUAAAGUUGGGAGUUUUUUUUAUUUCCUCUGAUUGGAAAAACAAAUAUUCUCAACAGGAAUUCAAAAUGUUAUGGAGGAGGAGAGUGUGCAUUUUAACACGCGUGGGAAUAUAUAGCAUGUCUUCUCACUGAAGGUCACCUGAAAACCUCAGACGUUCACGGCAGGAGGGCACGUGCUCACAGGAAGUGGCUCCCAGAGAAACGAGGCCCAAAGCAGAACUUUCCAGAGUAAAAACGUCCAUCAUUUCUGCUUCACUGCAGAAUCGAGACUUUUCUGCUGUGAGGAAGAGUUUCAAGAGUUUAAAGACGCGCCUAGAAAUAAAGUCUACAAAGAAAUUCAGAAAAUCAUUCAUAUUUUUCACCAGGGUUCCGCUGUGCACGACAGAAAAGAACGGAGCUCGGAGACGCGCGUCGGUGCGCGUGAAACUUUCUCUUGACUCUCUUCCACCUUAACUCGCAGGUGUUUAAUAAGAGAAAGUAAUAAAAAAUCCACUGAAAAAAUAAUACAAAGAAGAAAAUGAACAGAAGAAAGAAACAAAAUCUGUUUUCCAAAACUUUCAUCCGACAGAAAACCUUCCAUCAGAGUCAGGUUCAGGUCCACGCGGGAUUUUUGUCUUCCCAUUUUUGAACAGCUUUCUUGAUCAGAUCCGGUUGUUUGUGGAAACCUGAAAUCUUUGGGAGGCAGAAAAUCCCACAAACCGAUGGGCGGACGCGCGCGCGCGCAGGCGGAGGAAUAGAGGAACUUCUGGCCCCAGGUCAGCGUGUCUCAUCAGUGGGAGGAGACACGUGGAGAGGCGCGCUGAGGGUCUCCGCAGACGCUGAGAGGAGGAGGUUCGAGGAGGACGCUGAUGAGCGGCGCGCCCUGAGUUCCUGCUGCUCCGGGACGCGGAGGGUCCGCAGCAGACACGGCGCUGAUGCGCGCUCCUGAGGGCAGCACGCGCAGCUUCUGAGCCUCCUCGGACGUCUGAUGAUGGAUUUCUUCGGGCGGAGAAGGCGGGGCGGGCUGCUGAAGCCCCUGCUGAGUCUGCUCCUGGUGUGCGCGUCGUUUCUGAUGCUCCACAGGCUGGCAGAGAGACACGCGGCUCUGUGCGGCCCGGAGUGCGCCUCCUUCAAGAAGGGACCCGUGAGGUCUGGUUGGUGGGUCUCCGACUCCUCAGAGGAUCCAGAGCGGGCGUCGAACCGGACCCCGGCUUUCUGGGACGCGCAGGUUCUGAACUGCAGCGAAGACGCGUCAGUGAGGAAGAAGGAGUGGUUCGCGAGCCUGGACCAGAGGUUCCACCAGUUUGUUCUGCACAGACACUGCAGGUACUUUCCCAUGAUCAUCAACCACCCGGAGAAGUGUGCGGACGGGGAGGUGCACCUCCUCAUGGUCAUCAAAUCCGUCAUCGAGCAGCACGACCGGCGGGAGGCUGUGCGCAGAACCUGGGGCAGGGAGCAGACCAGGGACGGGAGGAAAAUCCGGACCCUGUUUCUCCUGGGGACCCCCACCACCGGCAAAGACACCAAGAACCUCCAGAAGCUGCUGGAGUACGAGGACCGAAUCUACAAGGACAUCCUGCAGUGGGACUUCAUGGACACCUUCUUCAACCUGACUCUGAAGGAGGUGAACUUCCUGAAAUGGUUCGACAUCUUCUGCCCCACCGUGCAGUUCGUGUUCAAAGGAGACGACGACGUGUUUGUGAACACGCCCAACCUGCUGCAGCUCAUCCGCUUCCGAGUGGAGGAGCACAAAGAGGCCCAGCUGUUUGUGGGGGACACCAUCUCCAAGGCCAUCCCCAUCCGGAACCGGCAGAGCAAGUACUACAUUCCCAAAGAGCUGUAUGACCAGCCCUACCCCCCCUACGUGGGAGGCGGGGGGUUCCUCAUGUCCUCCCGGCUCGCCCGGAGGCUCCUCGUGGUCUCAGAGAAGCUGGAGUUGUACCCCAUCGAUGACGUGUUUCUGGGGAUGUGCCUGCAGAGGCUGGACGUGACCCCGGAGAUGCACCCCGGCUUCAGGACCUUCGGCAUCAGCCGACACAAAACCAGCCGCAUGAACAGGGAGCCCUGCUUCUACAGACACCUGAUCGUGGUGCACAGGCUGAGUCCACAGGAGCUGCUGGACAUGUGGGGCAGCGUGCACCACCAGCAGCUGGCCUGUGCACAGAGAGCCGCCGUCUGAGGACCUGCCUCCCCCACAAGAACUCAUCUUAAAUCAUGUUUAAUCAGUUUCCUGCAUCGUUUUCAGGUUUGAUCUACAGGCUGAUUUGAUCUGAACUUCCUGUUUGAGUUUCCUGCUGGGUUUUACUAUUGACAGUGAAGCUGCUGCAGCUACAGCUACAACUACAGCUUCAUGAUGUGACAAUACGCCACGACUCCAGACUUCCACGUCUGUGUGCCACCAUCACAUCCAGAGAAAGCCGUCCAGACUGAAAACAUCCACGGCUUUCAUCUCAUGUAUGAAUGACUGAAGAGAAGAUUAGAACGAUUUUUAUUCUGUCAAAACCAAACAGCUGCACCGGAUGUUCAUGUGAUGUAAAACCUGUAGAAAACACAGACAGACUCAAACUAAAACCAUUUUGAACUUUAACAUCAGUUCACAUCCACCAAACUAAAACACAGACAGAGCAGAGCUGCUUUAAUUCAUACAUAGAAAUACAAGUGCUAGAAAAACACAACAACGUUCUGGCAAAUCUGUGGUUUCAGGAAAGACUGACUGCACUUCAGACACUGUCAGGUCCGUUUCAUUUCUGCUGGAGGAGCUGAUGCAGUUUAGACCCCAUCAGAAAGAAACUCCGAGCUUCAGGUGGAGAUGAAGGAGACCGUCAGAGGAAUCUUCUUCAGGAUUGGCUGAUCUGUUGUAGAGGGUUCUGGUGGAAGAUGUCCAUCAGCAGAUGGUCAGAGAAAUAAAAACACAAGGUUCCGUCUCUCAGCAGCAUCUUUCUGCGUCUGAAACGUUUCGGAUCUUCUCUGAUUUCACUCCUGAAGAGAAUUUCUAAAACCGUGUUCCAUCGUUCUUUCCUGCUUCAGCCUCAGUGUAUCACAGGUGUGGGUGAUUGAUUACAUACAAUCAUUGAUCACACCAGAGAGGAGCAAGGGAGCCUUUUUACUGAAUCCUUUCUCCUUUUGAUCAUUUUAGAUGAGGCAGAAAAA